AUGGACUUUCUUGUUAAUCAUUCCUUUCAAAACCCCGAUGUCUGCGCAACGGUUGACGCGGGUCUGUCGGAGAAGGUGAACAUGCUCUUCGCAGGCACCACGAUCGCGAACGGGCUGUGCAAAGCGCUGGUAGUGCGAACCUGCAUGAACGCAGAGAUCGGAAAGAUCCAGCGCGCCGUCAUGGACGCGCGGGAAGACGAAGAAAGGACCCCGCUCGGGCAGAAGAUCGGCGAAUUCGGCGAGUGGCUGGGCAAAGUGAUCAUGUGGAUCUGCGUCAUCGUUUGGAUCAUGAACUUCCAUCAGUUCUCUGAUCCCGAAUUCGGCGGUUUUUUCCGCGGCUACAUCUACGAUGACCUCAAAUUGGAUGUUUCCACGUUUCCACGUUUUGACGUGGUGAAGAUCUGCGCGUUCUGCAAUGAAACAAUAAUUGUGUGGAACGACGUGACGCCGAAAUUCAAAGCGGAGGAUGAGCGGAGGGAUGCGGCGCGGCACCGAUUUCUGGGCGACGCUCGAUUGGGUGAACGGCCGUCUGGAGCUCUCCUGAAUGCGCAAAUCGAGUCGGGCUGGCGGGGAGGACCGAGGAAAUCCGCUCAUUCUGGCCACGCGAUGCUCGUUGACGGGGACGCGUACGAAGCCAUCGAGCAGGAUCUCUGUUUCAUUGGCAUGGUCGGCAUCAAGGAUCCCGCACGCGUCGAAGUCCGCGACAGCAUCGCGCUGUGCAAGAAGGCCGGCAUCCGCGUCUUCAUGGUCACUGACGACAAUCUCGUCACGGCGGAAUCCAUCGCGCGCGAUGUGGUCAUUUUGCAGCCCGGAGAAGAAGCGGAGGCUUCGUUCGAAGCGCGUGAGUUCAUGAAACUCCCUCGUGAGCGGCAGCUUCGGAUUUUGGCGGGUCAUGGGGGUCGCGUGUUCGCGCGUUCGGAGCCGGUGCACAAAAAGGAACUGAUCAGUCUGCUUUGUCAGAUGGGGGAGAUCACGGCGAUGACGGGGGACGGCGUGAACGACGCGCCGGCGCUGCAGCAAGCGGACAUCGGCGUGGCGAUGGGGGUGAGCGGUACGGAGGUGGCGAAGGAGGUUUCGGACAUAGUGCUGGUGGACGACAACUUCCGGACGAUCGUGGUGGCGAUCGAGGAGGGCCGGUCCAUCUACCAGAACAUGAAGGCGCUCACCCGCUAUCUGAUCAGCUCCAACAUCGGCGAGGUCGCCUCGAUCUUCUUCGCCGAGGGAAAGACGAAGAGGUCGACGCUGUGGCUGACAGCUCGAAUCACCAUCGAGAUAUCCAACGUGCUCAAUGCGCUCUUCGAGGACUGCUGGAGUUGUCAUUCCAUGUGA